AACGCUCGGGAGCAGGUAGCUAGCGGCAGCUGCAAGCAACCGGUUACUCGGGUUCUAUUGUCAUCCAUGAACGAAAACUUUGAUGUGUGUAGUAGUACCUAAAUUUAUAUACACCCUACUUAUGUAUUUACAAUUUCUAGGAAGUAUAAGUGCAAGAAAUUCUUUGUUUUUCGCCACGUCACUAGUAUGCCUAUGGCAGUUGCGGAGAGCAGUCGAUAGUUGUGCGUUAUUAAAAUAAAUUAUUUCUGAAGUUAUUUAUUAUGGGACGUGAUACGAAAAAAGUUUCGAGAGAAGUUCGGAAAUCUGAAAAUAUCCGUAAGUCGUAUUCAAAGAAACGAAAAAAUGUAUUUAAUCCAAAAACUGCGGAACGUGAUGAAAGUGUUCGGAGUACAUCGUCUAAAAAACUGAAAAAAAAUACUGAAGACGAUGUACCCGAAAGUUGCACUACUGAAUUCCGAAUAAUUAAUUUUAUUACGGUAUUCACUGCCAUUUCUGCUCUUGUGAAAUGUAAAAAAUGUGAUGGAAACAUUGAAUUUCUAACAGCUAGUACACGUGGGCUGGGAUUUAAAAUUGUAGUUUCAUGUAAUAACUGUGACAAUGAAUACAUUCCUUCCUGCUCUUUCAUUGGGCAUUCUUAUGAAAUAAAUAGACGCUUCAUUUUUGUGAUGAGAAUACUAGGGAUAGGAUACGAAGGUUUGUGCAAGUUUUGUGGCCUGAUGGACAUGCCGGCUUUUUUAGAUAAAACUACGCAUACAAUAUUAUUGAAGCAAAUUUUAGAUUGUGGUAAAACCGUUGCAGAAGCCUUGAUGAAAAAAGCUGUGAAUGAAGAAAAAGAAGGAAUUAGUGAAAAUGAAAAUAGGAAUGAUUUGACUGUAUCGGGAGAUGGAACCUGGCAAAAACGGGGAUAUACAUCGGCAUUUGGAGUUUCUUUCAUAAUUGGCUAUUUUACUGGAAAGAUUCUAGAUAUAAACAUUAAAAGUGCUUAUUGUAAGCUAUGUGAAUAUUGGAAAAAGAAACGAAGUACGGUUGAGUUCGAGGAAUGGUAUGAAUUACAUGAAGAUGAGUGUAGUGCUAAUCACAAGGGGUCUUCUGGGAAAAUGGAGGUAGAUGCGAUGAUUGAAAUGUUUCAGCAGUCUGAAACAAAACAUGGAGUUAGAUAUGCAAACUACAUUGGCGAUGGUGAUUCGAAGACCUAUUCGGGAAUUAUAAAAGCAGAUCCUUACAAAAAUACAACCGUAAAUAAAAAGGAAUGUAUAGGCCAUGUUCAAAAGCGGAUGGGGACUCGACUGCGUAAACUGAAACUUCAACAAAAAGGUCUUGGUGGUAAAGGUAAGCUUACAGGAAAAGUAAUAGACAAAUUAACUGUGUAUUAUGGUUUAUCAAUACGUCGUCAUUCCGAUUCUAUCGAAGAUAUGAAAUCUGCUAUUAUGGCAACUUUCCACCACUACGGUUCGACUGAUGAAAAUCCGAAUCAUGGUAUGUGUCCAAAAGGCGAAGAUUCUUGGUGCUCUUACCAGCGCGCUGAAGCAAGUGGAGAGCUUGAUACUUAUACUCAAGAUUAUUCUCCCUUACCUCCUGAUGUUUCAGAAGCUAUUAAACCGAUUUACGACGAUCUCAGUAAUGAUAAUUUACUUUCAAGAUGUGUAGGUGGAUUCAAUCAAAAUAAUAAUGAGAGCUUCAACCAACUAGUGUGGAAAAUAUGCCCAAAAACCAUGAAUACUAGUUUUACUAUCGUACAAAUUGCUGCAUACAUAGCUACAUGUAUAUUUAAUGAAGGAUGCUGCACGUGUGAAAGUGGCAGAUCAGCGCGCCAACGACAAUACUCGGGAAGGCAGAAUGCUUCGUAGGCAACGGCAAAUUGAUGUUUUGGAAACUUCCACAAUGGCUGAAGAACUAUUAUAUGGCCCAGGAAUAGAUGACUCAGUAUGAAUCUCCAAGGACUUAUCAUUGUCACCGCAAGGACCUUUUUUUUGGACUGGGUCAACAGAAACAGCUAUAACUUUGGAAAUUAUAAAUUUUUUUUUUCCAAAUUUUCGUGACUUCAAGUCAAAACAUUGUUUAAUAAGGCCAUAUUAUUACUUUUGUAAAAUAAAAUGAUUUAAUA